UAAAGAGGCGUGUGAUGGUUCUGCCUUAGUACUUGUACAGGCAGGAGUGUUUCCAGUACUUCUUUGUACAACUCGCUGAGGGAAUGGGAAACUGUUUUAUAGCUCUGGAAACACACGCACAGUAAGAAUGUCGGAGGCUAUCCGAUGCACCCUGGUGAACUGUAAUUGUCAGUGCUUCAAACCUGGAAAAAUAAACCAGAGACAAUGUGACCAGUGCCGACAUGGAUGGGUAGCACAUGCCCUCAGCAAAUUAAGGAUCCCCAACCUCUACCCAACUACCCAGGUAGAGAUAGUCCAAUCCAACGUGGUCUUUGAUAUCAGUAGCCUUAUGCUGUAUGGAACCCAAGCUGUUCCUGUGCGCCUAAAAAUUCUGUUAGAUCGGCUUUUCAGUGUCCUGAAGCAAGAAGAGGUGAUACAGAUUCUCCAUGCACUGGACUGGACACUUCAGGAUUAUAUACGUGGAUAUGUACUCCAGGAUGCUUCAGGAAAAGUGCUAGAUCACUGGAGCAUAAUGACCAGUGAAGAAGAACUGGCUACUUUGCAGCAGUUUCUUCGUUUUGGAGAAACAAAAUCCAUUGUAGAGUUAAUGGCCAUUCAAGAGAAAGAAGGGCAGUCAAUUAUAGUACCAACCCCUACGACUAAUUUGGAUAUUAGAGCAUUUAUAGAAAGUUGCAAUCCAAGAAAUCCUAAUCUUUCUGCUUCCUUGGACAAAAUGAGUCCCACCAAUAUUCAUCCCUUUGAGAACAUUGUAAAUAAUAUGGCUUUCAUGUUACCCUUUCAGUUUUUCAGUCCAGUGCCUCCACCUUUGAUAGGUUCACCGCCAGAAAGACAUUUGAUUGAGCAAGGUCAAGACCGCAGCAAGGAAACUAAACAAGAUCCUCAAAUACCAUUUUCUGAAAGCAGCUUCUUAAGUUCCGGUUCUGCUCCAUUUGAAGCUGAAAAUGAGAAGGGCACCAACAGCCCAGAUGUCACUCUUAAAACAGAAGAGGAUGCUCCUCUAAGUGAUUCUAGCUCCUAUAACACAGUAACAAAGCUUGACAUGACACCGUUAUCCCCAGAAAAUAAAAUAAAAUCUGAAAAAAAUGCCAUUGGCCCAAGGAAAGGACGUGUCUUCUGUACUGCAUGUGAAAAAACAUUUUAUGACAAAGGAACACUGAAGAUACACUAUAAUGCUGUUCAUCUGAAGAUCAAGCAUAAAUGCACAAUUGAAGGCUGCAAUAUGGUGUUUAGCUCUUUGCGUAGUCGAAAUCGUCAUAGCGCAAACCCCAAUCCAAGACUCCAUAUGCCAAUGAACAGAAAUAACAGAGAUAAAGAUCUGAGAAAUGGACUGACCAUUGCUGGACCAGGAGAUAGUAAAAGGACAGACUUUUCCAUUUUAACCCCAGAAAGCCGACCAAUUACUAGUUAUGCCAGCUCUUGUACAGAUUCAAAGGUGCAAUCCAGUUUUCCCAGCAUUGGGCAGAAUGGUGUUCUCUUUCCAAACUUAAAGACAGUACAGCCAGUUCUUCCUUUUUAUCGCAGUCCCGUCACCCCAGCUGAACUUGCUAAUACACCAGGUACUCUUCCUUCUUUACCUCUUGUUUCUUCAUCAAUACCUGAGCAACUUGUUUCUAAUGAACUGCCAUUCGAUGCACUACCCAAGAAGAAAUCCCGUAAAUCAAGUAUGCCUAUCAAAAUAGAGAAAGAAACUGUUGAGACAGCUAAUGAAAACAGUGACAUUGCCAGCUCUGAAGAUGAUAUGCAUCUACAGGUGGCAAGUGAUGGAGAGCUGGAGGCCUGUGAGCAUAGGAUAGACAAGCGGGUGAGCAAACGCAUGGAAAAGCACCCUCAUUCAGGUAAUUCAUGGAAAUCUCUCUCUGGGGUAGAGGGCCCAAAAUAUUUUGAAUCUGUCAUUGAGCCAAAUAACAAAUACAUCAAGGAAACCUCUGAAAAUGAAAUGCAUCACUUUGAGAGAGAGGUUAAGCCAGAAGAAAACCAAGCAUUAAAAAUAGUUUCCCAUGAAAUUGUGUGUGAAGAUCCAAACCAACACUACAGUGAUGUUAAAAAAACAGUGACUGAACCCCCUGUCUCUUUUAAAGAGCAGUCAAAGCCCAGGAUUUCUAAAAACAACUACCCUGAGUUGCAACACCAUUUGCUGAUGGGGGGCUUUUUCAGCACGUUGUCCCAUGGGGGUGCUGCCCUUCCUUGUUUUGAAGACUAUAAAGAUAUGGAUCAUGUCAGUCAACAUGAAAUAGGGAUUCAGAAGGAAGAAAGCCGCUUUCAUUGUGACAUCUGUAAGAAGACAUUUAAAAACCCUUACAGUGUAAAAAUGCAUUUUAAAAAUGUACAUCUGAAAGAAAUGCAUAUUUGCACAGUUGAGGGCUGUAAUGCUGCUUUCCCUUCUCGUAGAAGUCGAGACAGACAUAGUUCAAACCUAAAUCUUCAUCAUAAGCUUCUGACCAAAGAUGCACUGGAAUUCAACAACAACCAUUUCAAUGCAGCAUACCUCUUGAAAGACAUGGCUAAAGAGGUUUGUCAAGAUGCGUCUUUAAAACAUGUUGGACAAACUUCUGUCAUCUUCAAAGGAAUGAACAGAACAGGCAGCUUGGUUUUUCCAAUGAGCAAAACUAGAGAAUCAUGUUCUGAGAGUUAUGGAUAUGAUCCAGUGAAUGAUGGAGCUGUUCUGGAUUUAAGCACUGCUUCCAGCAUUAAGUCUGAGAGCAGCGCACACUCAUCUUGGGAUUCUGAUGGAGGAAGCGAAGUAUGUACCAUGCCAUUGGAUGAUAGUGAUGAAAGCUGUGAAGGACCAAGUCUAAUGCCCAAUGAUGAGCUUUAUCAGGACUGUUCCUUACUGGAAAAGGCUAAUCAAACCUUUAUUAAUUUACCUUCCAGUCUACCAAUAACUUGUCAUAUAUGCCAAAAAUUGUACAGUAAUAAAGGAACCUUCAGGGCCCAUUACAAAACUGUGCACCUCCGCCAACUUCACAAAUGUAAAGUACCAGGUUGCAACACAAUGUUUUCAUCUGUUCGCAGUCGAAACAGGCAUAGUCAGAACCCUAACCUACACAAAAGUCUGGCCAGGUCACCAAGUAGCCUACACUAACAUCCUUCUAAUCUGAAUUUACUUCCGCUAAACAUUAAUCAUUUCAGACAAGAAAGUGUUACAAUGAUAUUUUUAAUUCACUUGACACCAAGACCAUUUAACACACAACGUCAAAUUCUGCUCAUACACGGGUGCUUUCCAUCAGCUUCACUGAGCAAAAUUUGGCAACAUUGUUUUUAAGCAGUUAUUUGGUUUAACAUUAAAUAACAGCAAAAACUUAUUUAAGGAAGAAAGCAAUAUUGGAAUGGGGAGAACAUGGCACCACUAGCUAGUAUUGCAGAGUGUUACUAACGAUGUGAUGCUGAAAUAAGUUACCUCCAUUCCAUUGUAUUCUGUUGUGUUUACAUGGUAAAUGAGAAGAGUAUUUUAGGGAGUCAGUGAAGACUGACCUCAGUCAGUGUGUGCUUUGGUCAAGCUGGGGAUUUAGGAACUGUCAUUUCAUUCCUAAAACCAUUGUCUGAGGCUGACUUACAGUAUUAAAUAAAUGUGGUAUUUUUCACCUUGCUUAAUCCUGAAUACCAAAAGCUAUCAUAUGGAUUUUGGAAAACUUAGCACAAGAUGAGAAUUCUCAACAAAUCCUGCAGUCAUUGAUUUCAAUUGGAAUUUACUUGAAUACAAAAUGCAGAAUUCUAGCCCUCUUAGAGUAGAUUAAAUCUUGAUUUGGAGCAAGAACCAUUCCUUUCAGAGGAUCAUCUGAUUAAAAUCUGAGAGCUCUUCAGUGUGAAAGAAAGCUAGCCGUGUUUUGCCUUCGGUUUUUGAACCACAGCAAAUGCAUCCAGGAAGUAUAUAAAAAAAAAAGUAAUGCACUUUUUUUGAGCUCAGCUUUCAGGAAAAAUAAAGUUUUGCAAAAAGAAAUCCAAAUGUUAAAGGUAUGACUUCAAGCCUAUAGAAGAUAUGGAGGACUAAACUGUGUAAAAGAACAGUCUCUCAUAAUUUGAUUUUUUUUUUCUCUUUGGGAAAAAAAAAACAUUAUCUUUAAUUUUUGUAAAAGAAUACAUUUAUUCCAAUUCACACACUCUUUUGAUAUUAGAACAUUGCUUGAUAUCUAUUAAAAUGUUGAAUAUCUUUGUAUUUGUCACUGUAAUUAACAGUAUUCUGCAUUAUGUUCUAUGCACUUAAAAAAAAACUGGUCUUGCAUUGUACUUAAUACACUUUUUUGAUAAUAUUUAAUUUGUAGUUUGUCAUACCAGUCCUGCGUGUGUAUUUCUGGUGCAACAGUGUGUUGGACAAAAUGUCCAAAUAGCAGGAAGAAAUGCUAAGGCAGGGUUUACAAAACCAGUUUUUUUAAAUUUAGUACAUUUCUCCAUUUUGAGUCAAGUUGGUUGGUUUCAGUUCACAGGCAUAAUACUGGCAGCACAAUUUGUACAUAUUAUACCAAAGUGCUUAGAGUAUCUGUGGUUUCUAGAACUAGGCUGGGUUUCCAGUGUAACUGGAUCAUAGUCUUCAUCCAUUUUUGUGAUCAAAUAAGAUUAGACUGAAUUUUUGGAUUUAGUUUGUAGAAAGAAUAGUCCAAAGCUGUUGGCUUAUGUCUUGAUGUUUAACUUAUUCUAAAGAACACUACAGUAUUGUAACCAUUUCAUAUUGUAUAAAGGUGACUAAAGCAUUCUAAAUAUUUCACUAAUUCUUUUCCAAAUUUCAUUUGCGCGCAUGUGUGCGUGUAUGUGUGUGUGUGAAAGCCUACCAAUAUGUUUGUGUUCAUUAGGAAUGGGCUUUAUACAGUGUAAAGUAAUCUUAUUUUAUAUUUACAGUAGGUUUAUGUCAAAUUAUAAUAAUCACUAAAACAACAUGUUUAAAGCUGUUAGAAAAAAAUGUUUAUAAGCCUGGGGCCAAAUUGCACCAUUGCUGUUUAAGCAGGAAUUAAUAUCAAUGGAGAUUUUUGCUUAAAAAACAAAAGUGCAGUCUUUAAUGGUACAUAAGUCCCUGGUCUUUUGGUGUUACAACCCAAUGACUUGUGAGCUAUUAUUUCAACCUUUUUUAUUACUGCUUUUUCUGAUAAAAUGUGCUUGCUUAAUUUUUAAGGGUCUGUUUGAAACAAAAUGUGAUGUAAACAAACAUUGUAAUUCCAGUUAUUUAGUUUUUCACUGUUUCCAUAAAGGCAACACAAUUUGUAUACCCUCAUCAUUUUGUAUGUGUUAAUAAAAACA